AUGUCUUUUAAUAGAAGCGUUGGGGAAAAAUCUAAGCUCAUGAUUAAAAACUUUAAAGAUAUAUUUCGAAAGAAAUCUUUUCCCGGGCAUCGGGCGGUUAAUGAGAAUGUGAAUGUCAACGAACAACAUAAUGAUUCGGGAAAGGGUGUUGAAUCAGAUUUUGAACCCGUGAUGGAAGAUGAGAGGCUUGAAUCAAUGAAAAACAAAGGUGUGAGUGAGUCCUUAAUGGCCGCUCUAAACAAAAACACAGAGAGCAUUCAUCAACAGUCCCAAAGAUUUUCUUCCUUGGAAGUGAAGAUCGAAUCAAUAAGAUCCAGUCACAAAAGCGAGGCCAGCUUCGACAAGAACGUUUUUAAUAAACCUGUGAUCAAUAGAUUCGAUGCUUUGGAACAACAUAUGAAUGAAAGGUUUGAUUAUUUGGAAAAAAUGAUUUCCGAAAUUUCAAAGCAAUUAAAUGCCACCACGGUCGAUUCUAAUUUUUCUACCACCACUUCGGAUCAUGGUGAAUCACCGAACAAUUACAUCUGUCAAGGAUGCCGUCACCCAAAGAUUGACGAGGAAUGGUGUUCCACCUGCGAAUCGCAAUAUUUUGUUAGUCACUAUCCUGACUGGACCAGUGGUAGCACCAAAGUUGACAACUUUAUUAAGGCCACCCAACGUGAUGCCUCCAGUAAAUUUGACUUCCUAGAGUGGAUACCUUAUGAAAGUCUUAAGGAUGUUGAACAUAUAGGUGAUGGUGGUUUCGGGACGAUCUAUUCAGCAACGUGGAUCAAUGGACCAAGAUCAAAAUGGUCGCACGAAACUGGCAGAUGGGAAAGAUAUCCGAAUGUCAAAGUAGCAUUAAAGAGGAUUAAACUAGAUGACUUCCAGUAUAACACUAUACUUUUUGAUGAGUUACAAUACUAUCUGGCUGCAAAAAAGAAUGUUCUUGGCCGUAUUUGUACACUUCGUGUCUACGGGAUGACAAGCGAUCCUAAUUAUCCCGAAAAAUAUAUGAUGGUGAUGUUAUAUGCCGAUGACGGAGACUUAGAUAAAUACAUCAAGGAAAAUUUCUUGAAGUUAACUUAUCACAAAAGGCUUGAAAUCCUCUUUGACAUGAUCACAGGAAUCUUGCAAAUUCAUGAGGUUGGUCUUGUGCAUCGGGAUUUACAUAGAGGAAAUAUUUUGUGUCAACGGUUCAUAAAAUUGGAUGAAGGAAGGGAUGAAUAUAGAUUCGUGAUCGGAGAUUUGGGAUUAACUCGCAAACCUUCAUCAGAUUCUAAAGCUUUUUACGGGGUGAUUCCUUAUUGUGCACCUGAAAUACUUAAUGCUGCGAAGUAUAGUUUUGCUUCGGACAUUUAUAGUUUCGGAAUAAUUAUGUGGGAAUUGGUGACUGGUGCAAGAGCUUUUUCUAACUGUGGGCACGAUGAUUCAUUAAAAGAUAGAAUUAUUUCUGGCGAAAGACCUCAAUUAACAACAAACAUUCCAGAGUCUUACAGGAAAUUAAUGGAACGAUGCUGGACGCCCAAUCCAAAUGAUAGACCAAAGGCUCAAGAAAUUUAUGAAACUAUUGGAGUAUGGUUACAGAAGUUGAUAUCUACUCCGAAUGACAAAAUCUCCAAGGAGUUUCAGGAAGCUGAUGAGAAAUGGUUAUCGAGGUUGCGAAACGAAGCGGACGAAAGGUACCAUAGUAAGAAGAUUUAUUGCACGGAGAAUUGUUAG